AUGCAGUCGCUAGCGCGCACCAUCAGCGAACAAGUGCCUGCUGCGUUCAAGCCGUUGGAGGAAGCCAAACUCAACUGGGCCCCAGUGGAGCAGUUGCGGACAGUUGACAUCGCAUUGUUCCUUGGCUUACUCCGAUUAAACCUCAACGACUUCUACGUGGCCCACCAUGGACCCAACUGGAUGGAGGACAAGCAAGAGGAGAUGUUGGAGCCGGGUUUGGUCUACGUGUGGUACACCAGUGCCAAGGGACUCUUGGGAUUCGUCCUGUUCAAGGUCUGCGAAAACGACGACAUGAUAGUGCUAUACCUCUACGAGAUCCACGUCAAUCCCGAGGUGCACAACCAAAGCAUCGGAACCCAUCUCUUGACCAGUUUCCAUGCCCUCAUCCCCAUCUUGCACCAAUGCGAACACCCCCAUCUUCAAGACAUUGAGGGAACGGGAUUGACGGUGUUUUCUGAUAACGUCCGUGCCUUCGAAUGGUACAUCCGAAUGGGAUACCAAUACACCCUGGAUUCGCCUAGGGAUCGUAAGUUGCGGUCGGGAAAAAUCGUGAAACCGGAUUACUACUUGUUAAAAUGGUUAUAUGUAUAG